CCAUUCAUUUGAUCGCGUUGCAUGUAAACGGACUACAAAUAUAACCCACUGGGUUAAUAAACUAUGUACAUUAAAAUGUAUAUACGUUUCCUCUUGACUACGUUGAUUCGGUUCGUGAGUAUUUCUGAACAGUAUGACCGUGCGAAACGGUUCUGUAUGGUUGGGUGGAUUAACAUUGGAAAUAUUUGAAGGGUAAACAGCUGUCAGAUAUGGCAAAAAAGAAGGACAUAGAUCAAGGAUGGGCCUGGGUUGUAUUGUUUGCAGCCUUUACAAGCUUAGGAAUCUACACGAUGAUAACCUUAUCAACUGGCAUAUUUCAGGUGGAAUUUUUAAAGGAAUUUGAAGGAACUCGCAGUAAAAUAUCAUUAAUUGGUUCUACUCAUAUAGGAUUAAAUUUAUUUUUAGGUAUAUUGGCAAGUGUCAUUUGUAAUAUUUUCUCAAUACGAUUUAGUUCAAUGUUAGGUGCCGCCAUUUACACAUUUGGACUCAUGCUAUCAUCAUUUUCAACAACAUUUGAAGAACUGCUGCUGUUUUAUGGAAUUUUAACAGGUAUUGGAUCUGGAAUAUUUUAUACGUCAGCAAACGUCAUCACCAGCCAUUAUUUUCACAAAAAGAGACUGUUCGCUUGUGGUAUAACAUUCUCUAGUCCAGGAAUUGGGUACAUGUUCGGUCCUACAUUAAUCAGAUAUCUAAUAGAAUUGUAUGGCUGGAGAUCAGCUAUGGCCAUAAUGAGCUGUAUUAUGGCCCACACUUUAAUUUUAACAGCGCUCUUCUUCCCAAUGCAUGAAGGUAAUAAAUCCAAUUAUUGCCCCAGUAAAUGUAUAAAACGGGACACAAAAAGUAACAAAAGCUUAAAAGUAAGUAUGCAAGAUCCCUUGAAUAGCCAUCCAUUAUUGCAAAACUCCAAUCAGAACUCAAACACUCAUCCUAAAAUUGAGGACCACGAUAGUCUGCUGACUGGGCCACCAAUGGUACAGAUAUGCCACCGCACGUCAGAAAAUGAUCGUACAUACGAGAGGAACACCUGUCGGAAUGCCACAGAGGAUAGAUCUCCCGAAAUGCUCAAAUCGCAACAAGGAUCCAAAUCACUUCCAUUUAGAAACGAGUUCAAUAAUAGUGACAGUUCCAUUAAUUCUAGCAAUAUUCGUGAAAACAUCAAAGAUAGUGUCUUGAUGCCACUGCCCAAGACAGAAAACAUACUUCUCAACAGUACACGAUCGCUUUCAUCCGUUUCUCGUCGACAUCUUCACACAUCUGACAACUUGAUGUGGGCGUCUCACUCCAGUAUUCAGUAUCUAGGUAAUCAACUUGCUGACGAGGAGAAUAUACCAACCACUAAUAAAUCCUCAUGUAAACCUAAUUUGAGUGUGCUCAAGAACAAAGCGUUGUGGUGUUUAAGUUUAAGUCAGUUCUUUAUCAUGUGUGGCUACUGUGUGAACUUUAUUCAUUAUCCAUCCAUGAUUCUUUCGAAGGGAAUAGACAUAUCUGUGGUACCUCAGUUGUACAUAACACGGGGUAUAAGUCUGAUUGUAGCACGAAUUCUAGGCGGUUUAUUUUGUGGAAGUUCAAACAUAAACAUUCUUGUGAUUAGUUUUGGAUGUCAAAUGUUAUUAGGAGUUGUAGUGUUCUGUCUACCAUUUCUAGGUGAUACCAUUUGGGCCUAUCAUCUCUGUCAGUUCUUAUUUGCCUUUUAUUAUGGGGGAACCUAUGUUGUUCUCAGUCAAAUUCUGGUAUUAAUAUUAGGGCUUAACAAUUUGGCUACAGGAUUUGGUAUUCAAAUGAUGAUGGCAGGAAUCGCAUAUUUCAUUACACCAAGUUUAGCAGGUUGGCUAUACGAUAUUACAGAUUCUUACGACCUGGCAUACUUUUUUUCUGGGUCGAUUAUUUUUGCCGGUGCAUUUUUUGUCCCGAUGAUACAGAUUUUUGAACAAAACUCUUUCACCAAUGAUAUAAACCAAGACAUCGAAAUAGAAGAGGAGUAAAUAAUUAUAAUAUUAAAUUUUUCACAAAAGAUAACGGUAUUUACUUUAUUAUGUGUAAUAUCAAUAUAUAAUCUAUUGAUGGAUAUGGAUGUUUUAUGGAAUCCUUGCUUUUUGAUGACAUCAAUUCAGGUUAUGUUUUAUCUCCAGAUUUUAUAAUUCAGGUUUCUAGUCCGUAUAAGACACAUAGAAAUAGAUUGCACAAAAUUAAAACACUUAUAUACUACUUCUGGAGUUUAUUAACAUGCUACGUUUCAUUACACAUAUAGCUAUCGUUAGCAAGCAAAUUUUCUUGAUAACCAUAAACUUCCGAAGUAGUAUAGCCAUAUAAGUGAUUUACUCAGAUUGCUAGUGUUUGAGUACAAUAAAUUAGAAUAUUUGACGUUUCUAAUGUUGGGUGUUUUAUCGAUUCAUGUCUUUAAAAACGAAUCAUGAUAUAACAAGUUCUAUUAUGUGACGUAAAUGUGUAUUAUUACUUAGUAUUUAAUUUUAUAUAGCCAAAAGGGGAGAUAACCAUUAAUUUGCCACUAAGAUAAAAGGAUGAAAUGGAAUAAUGUGAUUUAGUGUUCUGCACCACAAGGAUAAUGACGACGUGAAUGUGGUAUCCAGAUGAGAUAAAUGUUGCCGAACCUUCUCUUCUUUCGAAUUCUAACUGUCAAGGGUUCUUUUACGUGAUUGCCAACGCGUACACGGAACCUCGGUUCUUCGUCACAUCCACACGACUAGACACUUGUCAGUGCCAGGACUUCCGUCUACACCACUGACAAGGGCCAACCACAUUGGAAAUCCGAAGAUACUUUCUCGACCAACAUCGUAAUCGAACACCGAAAUUGAGUCAGCGCCUUACUCACUAAAUUCCCUUUGCCCCCUCCCCCACACAAUUAGAACAAAUAAACAGCAUAACUCUAAAAUCAACCAACAUUUGUUCAUCACAUACAUACAAAAUGCC